GACAUUGCCAGAGUGCUCAAGUUUGUUAAUUCCUUGCUUUCCUGCAGAAGAAAGAGCAUGACAAAUAGACAUGGCAGGGUAUGGACUGGCAAUCAUCCUUGGCACACUCUUCAGUGGCAUAAGCUGCUGCUUGACUCCUGAUGAUUUGAUUGGAGCGAAGUCUCGUGGGGACAUCAUUAUUGGAGGGUUGUUCUCAGUGCAUGGCAAAAUUAUGAACUCACCUACAGGAUACCCAAACAUGCCCGCUCUUCAGAACUGCGCAGGCUUUGAAAUGCAAGGAUUUCUGCAAAUGCUUGCUAUGAGCCAUGCUAUCGAAAUGAUAAAUAACUCAUCUCUUAUACCUGGCAUUAAACUGGGCUAUGAAAUAUAUGAUACUUGUUCUGAGGUUACCAUGGCCUUGUCGGCAACCAUGAGGCUCCUGUCUGCCUUCAACUCAUCGGAGGAUAACUUGAAAUUCAAGUGCAACUAUACCACCUACACUCCAAAAGUGAAAGCCAUCAUAGGAGACAGUUAUUCUGAAGUGUCCAUAGCAGUUGCAAGACUGUUAAAUACACAACUUAUACCACUGGUCAGUCACUCUUCAUCCGCUGAAAUUCUCAGUGACAAAUUUCGCUUCCCGACAUUUCUGAGAACAAUACCGAAUGAUUUUCAUCAGACAAGGGCAAUGGCUAAACUUAUACACAUUUCUGGCUGGAACUGGAUUGGACUGAUAGCAAUGGAUGAUGACUAUGGACGUUCUGCCUUGGAAAGUUUUGGAGCUCAGUCUAUGAAAAUAAAUGUAUGCAUAGCAUUUAAACACAUUAUACCUGCUCACUUAUCGGACAGCACAGUUCAGUCCAAGAUCAACAAAACCAUUAUGACAAUCCAGAUGGAAUCCAGGGUGAAUAUUAUCGUUGUCUUUCUGAAGCCAUCACUAGUAAUUAAACUUUUUAAAAGAGUUAUAGAACUGAACAUACAAAAAACCUGGAUCGCCAGUGACAUUUGGUCUGCAGCUACAACAAUAAGUUCUAUUCCCAAUAUCCAAAGAGUUGGCCGAGUAAUUGGGUUUACAUUUAAAAGCGGAGCCAUAUCACCUUUCCUGAACUAUCUGAAAAACCUCAACAGGCAACACUUUGAGAUGAACCGUCUGUUAGAUCAGUAUGCGUGGCUUCUGUAUGACUGUCCAAAGGUUAAAUAUAAUGAACUAUCCCAUUGCAUUUCUAAUUACUCGAAAGAGAGUUUGUAUAACAUAGAAAGAGAAAGGAGCAGAACACUGAGGGAAGAUUUUCUUUCAGAAUCAAUGCAGCCAGGAUUUGUAUAUAGUACCCAGCUAGCAGUCACUGCCAUUGCUCACGCCAUCCGAAAAAUCUGCAGUAAUCGCAACUGUAAGGACCCUGAUGCUUUUGCACCCUGGGAGCUGCUACAGGGCCUUAAGACAGUGAACUUCACGUUUGAUGGAAGAAAUAUUCAUUUUGAUUCCAGAGGGGAUGCUAACACUGGAUAUGAUGUGCUGAUGUGGAUGGAGGACGAUGAUGGAAGAAUUGACAUUACCACUGUUGCCGAGUAUGACUCACAGAAAGAUAGCUUUGUGUUUAAAAACACAGAAAAAGAGAAUGAGUUCAUACGUUUGAAGAAAAUUGAGUCUACAUGUUCAGAUCAGUGUAAGCCAGGACAAAUGAAGAAGACUUCGGCGAGUCUGCACACAUGCUGCUAUGAGUGUGUGGCUUGUCCUGAAAACCAUCACACAAAUAAAUCAGAUAUGGGUUAUUGCCUUCAGUGCAACAACAAGACUCAGUGGUCUCCAGUAAACAGUUCCGUGUGCUACAAUAAGGAGAUUAAAUACCUGCACUGGAAUGAUGGAUUUGCCAUUAUACUUCUAAUUGUUUCCUUCCUAGGAAAAGGUCUAAUCUUUGCCAUAGCUCUGCUUUUCACAAAGAAUUUUAAUACCCCAGUUGUCAAGGCUUCAGGGGGAAUACUGUGCUACGUAAUUCUGCUCUCAAUCUUUUUCAGUUUUGUCAGUGCAGUGUUCUUCAUUGGCAAGCCAGAAGACUUCAAGUGCAAAGUGAGACAAACGUUGUUUGGCAUUAGUUUCACAGUGGUGGUUGCCUGUAUUCUUCUAAAGUCUGUAAAAAUUUUGCUAGCCUUCAGUUUUGAACCCAGAGUUCAACGUGUUCUGAGGUUGCUCCACAAACCCUUCACUUUAGUUUUUGUAUGUACAGGGAUACAGGUGCUUAUCUGUGCUGCGUGGUUGGUAUUUUGGCCCCCACACAUGAAGGAAAAUUUCUCACUGCCCCAAACCAUCAUACUGGAAUGUGAUGAAGGUUCUACUGUUGCCUUCACCGUCAUGUUAGUAUACAUUGCAGUACUGGCAUUUCUAUGCUUUAUUUUUGCAUUCAAGGGUAGGAAACUACCAGAGAAUUACAAUGAAGCCAAGUUUAUCACUUUUGGUAUGCUGAUUUACUCCAUUGCAUGGAUAACAUUUAUCCCCAUAUAUGCCACAACCUUUGGGAUAUACCUACCAGCUGUUGAAAUGAUUGUCAUUUUAAUAUCAAGCUACGGUAUUUUAACAUGUACUUUUUUCCCCAAAUGCUAUAUUAUCUUGUAUAAACAAGAUGCAAAUACAAAAACGGCCUUCCUAAAAAUGAUAUAUAAAUAUUCCUCCAAAAGUGCAAGCAACCUGACUGUUAGUCAGGCCUCAUCCAGUUCAGUUGCACUAGAGUCCAGUUCUUCUGCUUCUGACGUGUAUGUUAGCUCUACACUGAGCUGCAUAAGUAAUACCUUCUCUUUCCACGAGAGGCUUGUAGCAAAUGAUAUACCUUCGAGCCAUACUCGACUACCUACAAGGAAGCGACUGUCGAGCAUUUAAAAAAUGAUUUCAGAUAUUUAAAAGUCAGAAUUUAAUAACAUAGUGCAAUAUUAUUGGUAACAGAAAUAUAAUGUAAAUAGUUGCUUCUGGUAAUUGAGAGCAAGCAAUUAUUGUUUAGCAUUUCCUAAUCUAAUAUUUCAAGGCAAAUAUCUGCCUAUGAGAUAUUAGACAUUGAGUAAACUUUGUGACUCUUAUUUUAUUACAUUAAAAGGCAAAAGAAGAACUUAAGACAUGGCAAUGUAUCUAGCUGACAUUCUUGGAAGCAUGCAGUGUCAAUGAGCAUUUAUACAGUGGCGUAAAUAGAUGUUACUGGGCCCAACAAAUUUUAGGGUUGCCAACAUAUACAGAG